AUGAGAAUUUUAGAAGAAGAAAAUUUACUGUCAGAUGAGGAGGAACAGAUAAAUCGCAUAGGUAAUGUACCAUUAAAGUGGUAUGAUGAAUUUGACCAUCAGGGAUAUACAAUAGAUGGAGAGAGACUAUGCAAGAUUUUUGGAAAAUCAGAUUCCGAACUACAAUCAUUAGUAGAUUCAACUAAUCCAGAUGCUUGGAGAACUAUUUUAGAUAUAAAAAAUCAGAAAACUACAAAAUUAACAGAUGAAGAUUUAGAAAUAAUUCAACGAGUGUUAUCACAUCAAUAUGUAAAUCCAAAUUUUGAUCCAGAGGGUUUCAUAGUAGAUUUUGAUAAUAAAGAAGAUAAAAUUCUCCCAGUGUCAAACCGUCCUAUUGCUAAGCGUGGGUUUGUGCCAUCAAAAUGGGAGACAAAGAAAAUAAAUCAUCUUGCCAAACUUAUACGAAUGGGAAUUUUGAAACCAAACAAACAUAGAGAAGAGGAAAUUUUUGAUUUAUGGGGUAUGGAAAUAAUAACUCCAGAGGGGAAUAAUUUGGCUACAUCAAAAAGACCAGCACAUAUUCCUGCACCAAAACUUGAACCACCAUCCCAUAAGUUUAGUUAUAACCCUCCAGAGGAAUUUUUAAUGACUCCUGAGGAAAUAUCUAAUUUACAAGAAAUGGAUGAUAAUGAAAAGGAUAUAAUUCCACAAAAGUAUGAUUGUUUAAGAAGAGUACCAGGGUACAGUAACCUAAUUUUAGAAAGAUUUGAACGUUGUUUAGAUUUAUAUUUAUGUCCAAGGACAAUAAAAUUACGUAUGAAUGUAGAUCCUGAGAGUAUUUUACCACCUACAAUUGAUACAAGUUGUUUGAAGCCAUAUCCUACACAUGUACGUGCAGAAUAUGAUAUUGAUAGUAUCCUAAAAAAUAAUAACAUAAUAAAUAGUAUCAAGACUCCCAUUUUAUCAUCUGUAUCUACUGAUGGACAAUGGAUUGCUAUAGGUUGUGGAACUAUGAUUACAAUAUUUGAAGUUAUAACAACACGUCCAAUAAUAUCAUGGAAUACUUAUGAAUGGAGUAAUGAAAGUAAUAUACUUAAUAGUAAUAUACAUGAAUCUGAAAUUGAUAUAUCUAAAGUUAAUGAUAUAGAAGCAAAUAAUAUUGUAACAUCUUUAGCUUUUCAUCCAAGAUUACCAAUACUAGCAUGUGGCUUGGAAGAAAACUUAUAUAUAUUGGUAUUAGAAUUACCAAAUGUAUCUUAUCAUAUAAAACAAAAAAAAUAUGAUUGUAAUUCAAUUGCAUAUUUAACACCUGCAGAAUUACUUACAGAAGCAAGUAAUUUAUUUAAUAAAGUUGAAUCAAAAUCUAUGACUUUGCUUUCAUGGUCUAAAUGUGAACCACUGUUAGAUAUACCUAUGAUUAAAGUAAUAAUUAAAGUAAAACAUCAAGCUAUCAUUAGACAAUUAAAUUGGCAUAGAAAAGGUAUAUAUUUGGUAUCAGUAUGUCCUAAAUCACCAUCUCCUUCACAUCGUAUUAUUAUUCAUUCUAUUGAUAAAUGUGCUUCAAUUAAAGUGUACAAAACAAAGGGUUUUGUAAGGGUAGUUCAAUUUCAUACAAUAAACCCAUGGCUUAUUAUAGCAACACAAAGAAGUAUACGAAUAAUAGACUUAUCUAAUAGUAGAUCAAGUACUAAAAAAUUAAAUGAUGAUAAUUCUGCAAAACAGUUAGUCAAGAAAUUAGUUGGUAUAGAAAAUCCGACAUGUUUAAGUUUGGACUAUUCAGGACAAUAUAUCCUUGCAGGUCAAAGUAAUGGAAGAGUAGCGUGGUUUGAUCUAGAUUUAGGAAAUCAACCUUACAAACUUUUAAGAUAUAGCGAAACUACAAUUAAACAAAUCCAAUUCCAUCCUAAUAAGUCUAUAAUGUUUUCUGCAAAUAGUAGUGGAGAUGUGAAUUUAUUUUAUUGUAAUAUGCCUAAAGAUAUUAUAAGUAAUCCUGUUCUUAUACCAUUAAAAGUUCUUAGAGGUGCUCAUUCUAACCUUAGAAGUGCAGUUUGGCAUCCAAAACAACCAUGGAUAUUUUGUGCAGGUACUUUAAAUUCCUCUAAAGCAGUUGUUCUUUGGGCAUAG